AAUGAUGAUAGUGAUGUAGAUAAAGAUGGCGAUGUUGAUAAUGAUAAGAGUGAUAAAGAUAAUCAUGAUGGCGAUAAUAAUGAUGGUGAUAAAGAUAACGAUGACGAUGAUAAUGAUAGUAAUAAUAAUGAUAAAUACACGAUACAAUUAUUUACCUAGCGAUCCUUUGUACUACCUGAUGACUCACAACAUUAAUCUCUAGAAUGUUCCUACUUCACCUGAUCGUUUCUAUGGUUAUGACGGCUGUGGUCCUGCUGGAGGCUUCCACGCUCAGCACAGGUCAGCUGGUUGAGGAACUCUUGGACGCCGAGCAGAUGGGAAGCGCAAUUAGCCAGAUGGUAAAGACACAUAUUCCUCUUUGCUAUCUCGUCUUCCUGAGCACACAACCCAACUCGCCCAUACUCUCAACUGUUAGAAGGCAGAUCCUGGCUAACAGUGUGAUGAUGGAUGAUUCAGCGUCACCCGACCAGCUUUCCCAGGCAUUACAAGGCGACUCCAGCACUACAUGUCGGGCACUUGUCCUCCAUAUCGGCAACAGCGACACCACAGGUCCAGUUCUUGGGUUGCUUGAGCAGGCAGGAAUGUCGAAGCUGUCGGAGAUGUGGGUUUGGACGGUAGGCAACAAUAAUAGUGUGGAGGCUGUUCUCCUUCAUCCAAGUUUCCGCAACACGGUCCGCAUCUUCUAUCUGGCUCUUCCCGACAAGUCAGACAACAGCAACCUGACAUUAGACCAAGAUGGCACAUCUCCGGCGAGCCAACAGGUCUCCUUGUACAGCCGCUGUCUGUACUGCAACUCAGGAAAACUCAGCGUUUCUCUGCUCUUCCAUGGAAACAUAAUGGCGCUUCAGAAACAACAAGCUCUUGAGCCUUUUCCCAACCAGUUUCAGGACUUCCAGGGCCACACGCUGCGGAUAGUGGCUUGUUCCUGGUUUCCCUUCAUCGACUUCAGCAACGGCAGUGGCUCGCCAGGCUCCACCAUUACCUUGAGGGAUUCCUUGGACGCGCGGACCUUGAACGUACUCUCCUCAAAAUUAAACUUUACGUACGCAUUCAGUAUGUUUUUAUUAGUGGACUGGAGUGGAGUGGAGUGGACAGUGGUGUGUAAACAUAAGAACAUAAGGAAGUAAGGCAAGCUGAGAGAAACUGUCAGGCCUUCACGUGGCAGUCCCUGAAUGAAAUAUACAACCUGUUUCCACUUAUCAUCUUCAUCUGUAAAUUUGUCUGAUUUUCAUUUAAAGCUCCCUAAU